UUUGUGUCUUGUUCUCCACUUCUACAUUAGACCUUGUCUAGGAUAGAACGAUGUCUGUCAGCUCUAAUUUCAGAACCAUCAGUGUUUAUGGAGGUGCCGGUGGCCAAUCCUCAUCCCCUGAUGGGUUUCUUCACUCUUCUCCAAGGAGAUUGAACCUGGGUGAUGCUUUUGACUCAUCCGCUGGCGAGAAGACCACCAUGCAGGAUUUGAAUAGCCGCCUGGCCUCUUACAUAGAAAAGGUCCACUCACUGGAGAAUGCCAAAGCUGAUCUAGAAACCAAGAUCAGUGACUGGUUUGAGAGUCGCACUGGUGUCACGUUUGAUCACUCCAUUUUCCAGGACACCAUCAAUGACCUGACGAAUGAGAUUCAAUCAACUACUCAAGACAGAGCCUCAAUCAUCCUGAAUUUGGAUAAUGCCAAACUGGCUGCUGAAGACUACCAAUUAAAGUAUGAGAAUGAGCUCGCUAUGAGAAGGACCGUUGAUGCUGACGUCGCCAGUCUAAGGAAAAUUCUGGAUAAGCUUAGGUUGAGUCAGUCAGAUCUGGAGAUGAAGAUUGAGGCUCUGAACGAUGAUCGCGUCAUACUGAAGAGAAACCAUGAGGAGAAGAUGUCCCUGCUGGCUGGGGUUCAGCUGAACGUUUGUGAGGAUGCAGCGCCCCCUACGGACCUGAACCAGGCCAUCGACGAGAUCGGACCAGAAGAUGAGCCUAUCACUGAGAAAACCCAUCAGGAGCUUGAGUCCUGGUUUGAAAACAAGAUCACCACAGUGCAACAGGAGGUGGCCACACAUAAUGAAGAGCUUCAGAAAAGCAGAAUAGAGCUGAGGGAGUUGGCGAGGUCCUUCCGAAGACUACAGACUGAACUGCAGACCAAUCAGAGCACAAGGUCAGCUCUUGUCGAGGAACUGGAGGGCACACAGGCCCGUUACGGAAACGGGUUGGCUAUGCUUCAGGCCACUGUCACAGGCCUAGAGGACCAUCUUAGUCAAUUUCGUGCUGAAAUUGGCCAAAACAAACAAGACUACAAAACGCUGCUGGAGGUAAAGAGCAAACUGGUGCAUGAGAUCACUGGAUGGACUGGAGAGUUCAAGAGACUGCUGGAUGGAGAUGAAAGAGAGUCCCACUAAGUUGCCCCAAAAAUGAUCACAGUGGAAACUGUUGUGAAUAGGAGGGCUGUGGAGAGCAGCGAGACCGUGGAUGUUAAUGAGAAAAAAUGACCAAUCUGCUAAAAAACACAUUGACUUCAAAUGACGACGUCACAUGUCUUACUGUGCACAAUUACACUAUUAAUGAAGAAUUUGGAACUUUACCUUAGAUUGUGAACAUGAUUAUAUGAAAGUAAUUUAGUUUUUUUUCCUGUGCAAACUCUUUCAGCUCUUUGUUUCCAAGUGUUAAAUGACAAGCAUGUAUGCCUGAUGUACUGCAAGCAUCCACAAAUCUCAAAAUGUAUAGGGAUGAAGAAACAAUCAUUUAACAAUAAACACUAAAAAGAUGAGACAAAUCACAA